AUGUCGCGGGACAGUUUUGUCUUCUCGCCUACAGCCCUACGCUCCCUCCAACUUGACGAGGACAUGCUGGAAAGACACAAGUAUAGGAAGAAACUGGCUUCCCAUCAGCAUAACUGCUAUAUGCUGCAGAGAGGGGCCAGGGACUUGAUCCCAUUGAGGUCCAGCACGACCCGACCACCAGCAGUCUGCCAUGAUCUGGUCAUCCACAACGCUCUCUAUACGGGGGACCUGGAGGCUAUGCAACGCCUCUUCCCUAGAGGCUCCACAGUCAACUUCAUUGUCGAGCCACAGGGAGGAGACAUGCGCUGGGUGGCCAGUGGGGAAGGGCUCUGGUCAUUGACCUAUGAACAGGAGCUUACCACGCCACUCCACAUCACAGCUGGCCGAGGCUUCGCGGACUGCCUGAGACUCCUGCUGCAACGCGGGGCCAACGUAGACCUAGCACCCGGUGGCAGCACCGCUCUUCAUGAAGCUUGCGAGAGCUGCCAGCCUGAGUGUGCAAAGCUCCUGCUGUCCCAUGGCGCCAAUGCCAGCGCUGUUACUGAAGAUGGACUCAUGCCCUUGCAUGUUUGCACCGGCCCAGAAUCCCUCGACUGUGCCAAGUACCUCCUUCAGUAUGGUGGCGCAAUUAACGGGCGGAGCCUGGAUGAAGAUGACACUCCUUUACACGUAGCAGCCAGAAACGGCCUCCCAGAGCACACUGAGCUCUACCUACGCUAUGGAGCCGCCGUAGACAAACAGAAUAGCGAGGGCCUCACGCCGCUCAACGCCGCUUGCUCGCAGCCCCAGGAGCCGCAGGAGCUCCAGCGUUAUUUCAAGGUGUGCCAGCUGUUGAUGGGGGCCGGGGCAGACAUCCACACGCCGGAUCACGACAAACACACUGCGCUGCACAUGGCCUGUAAGAAUGCAAAUCCAGACACAGUGGACCUGCUGCUAGCUAACGGCGCCUGUGUCAAUGACAUGGACUACGGCGGUGAAGCCCCCAUGCACAACAUCCUGAAGGUGGUGUGCUACAAGAUUUCCCAUCAACCCGAGAGGGUGGUCCGCUCUCUGCUCAACCACGGCUCUAUUCGGGUGUGGCCUGGAGCCCUGCCCAAGGUCUUGAAACACUGUUGUGCCUCUCCGCGCACUAUCGAGGUUCUCAUGAACGCCUACACCAAGCUCAAAGUGACGGACACCUGGGCUGAGGCCGUCUCCCAGGAGGUCUUCAAGGAACACCAGGACUUCUACGAGUCUCUCUUGUCACUGGCCCAGGGCCCUCGAUCCCUGCAGCACCUUGCACGCUGCAGAGUGAGGAGCUUCCUGGGGGCCCGGGUGCAGCAGGUGGUGCCAAAGCUCAGCCUGCCCACCUUCAUUAAGAACUACCUGCUGCUGGAUUUCAGGGGCUACGUUCACUGA